AUGAAUUAUUCAUUAUUUUCUCGAAUUUUAUCUAUUAUUCAAUAUCAUCAAUUUAUAGCUGGUCUUUUCGGUGGAUUUAUUUCGUCAAUUAGAGGUCUGCAAGGUUUAUAUGAAGGUGUAACAUCAAAUGUUGUUGGAAAUGGAAUAUCUUGGGGUCUUUAUUUAUUUAUAUAUAAUACAAUUAUUGUUUUAAAUAAUGAUCAAGAUAAAAUAAAAAAUUUAACAUUUUAUUAUCGCACAAUUUAUUCAACAACAGCUGGUUUAUUAACAAUUAUUUUAACAAAUCCAAUGUGGGUUAUAAAAACAUGUCUUACACCUGGUUUAGUUGGUAUAUUUCAUGGUACAAUACAAUUUUCAUCUUAUGAACAAAUGAAAAGUUUCUAUGUGAACCCAUUUCAUACAACGUAUUUUCUUACAUCAGUUGUUUUAACAUUUUCAGCUUUAUCAAAAUUUAUUGCUGCAACAUCGACAUAUCCAAUACAAGUUAUAUGUACACGUUUACAAGAUCAACAUCAAAGUUAUAAUGGUGUACUAGAUGUUAUUAAGAAAACAUAUAAACGAAAGGGUAUUAGUGGAUUUUUUAAAGGUGUAGUACCAGCACUUUAUCGUGUUAUACCAGUUAGUUGUAUAACAUUUGUUUCCUAUGAAUUUAUUCUAUACGAAUUAAAACAUGGAAUUAUUUGA